GCACGUAUGGGCGACGCGGAGGCCUCGUCCGGCACGGUUGUCGUGCCCAAGCACAUUCUGCAGAACGUGGUCGAUGGCACCAAGACGCUACUGAGCGAGAAGCGCGUCUUGCAUCAAAAGCUCGAUGAAAUGAACCACCGUGUCUUUACGCUGGAGCGGCAGCUCGCGGACCAGCAGCUCAAGGUUGAGAGCAUGCAGCAGCAGCAGUCCAAGAGCCCGAACGCGACCGGGGUCAACGCCAACCGGUUCAAGCACCUUACGCUGCAAGUCAUCAAGGACAAGCAGCGCAACGAGAAAAUCCUAGCUGCGAAAGAGGUGGAUUCGCGGCCACCAACUACGACCAAGAAAGACGAAGAGAUCCACAAGCUCAAGAUGAAAACGUCCGAGCUGGAAGCCUUGCUGCAAGCGACGCGUGCGAUCACGCACCAGACGGCGCACCGAGAUGUGGUGCUCUCCACGCUCAACGCAGCGCGCAACCUUGUGACUGCACGUCGCUACUCGCUCGCGCUCGUCAACGAAACGAGCACACACAUGACCGUCUACUCGAUGAAUGUGGUCCCUACCGACGAGCUGAGCUUUGAACUCACAAAGAAACCACCCCUUCUCGAAGACGAAGGGUCCAUGCUGAUUGACGACUCGACGACGUUUGGACACGUCCUUUUGACCGAUACGCUGUUGGAUUCGCUGCAAGUCACCGUGUCUGGCCAGUUUGAGGCGCAAAUGGAAGAACUCGACUUUUCGCCGCACUCGCUCUUGUGCAUUCCGAUCCACAACGCCCAUAGCACCGUGCUGGGCGCUCUCCAGGUCAUUACGCAGCGCCAACACGCCGACGAGUACCGUCAAAAUCAGGUGUUUACGUCCCUCGACAAGGAGCGUCUCGAACACCUCUGCGUCAUGUCGGGCUCGGCUGUCUGGAACCUCAAGCUAUCGAGAGAGCGCCAGACCGCCCAAUCGCGCAUUGAGAUUUUACUCAAACUCAAUCGAAGCAUCUCGGUGGAGGGCGACCCAGCGCGCGUACUGGAGAAAAUCAUGGACGUGUCGUACGAGCUCUUGCAUGUCGAGCGCAUUUGCCUCUUCUUGCGCAUCCAUGGCGAGAACGACUUGUACAUUCUUCAUGCGAGCGACGAAGCCAAGGGCCAGUACGUCUCAAUGGACUGUGGCAUUGCCGGUCUCGUCGCGCGCACCGGCCAAGUGGUAACGACCAACGAUGCACAAAAGCAUCCGUGCUUUGACAAGGACAUGGACGUCAAGACGGGCUUUGUCACGAAGAAGCUCUUGUGCGUCCCGGUCAAAGACCCGGACGGCAACAUCCUCGCCGUGGUCGAGGCCAUCAACAAGCAAGACGGCACCGACUUUACGAUUGAAGACACGCUCUUUCUGAGCUACAUUGCCGAGGCGGCCGGCAUUUCGCUGCACAAAUCGUACCUCCACAACGAAGUCAUGAUUUCCAAAAAACUGGCCGAAAUUCGAUUGACGCUCUCCGAGUUCAUCACGCUUGAGACCGACAUUCACCGGUUGACGGACCUCAUCAUGGCGCAAGGCAAGACCAUCAUGGAGUGCGACCGGUUUGGCUUUUUGCUCGUGGACCAUCUCAAGAACGAGCUCUGGAUCACUUCGACGAACCAAACCAAUGGCGAAGAAAUCACUGUGCGCCAGCCCAUUUACAAGGGCAUUUCGGGGCUUGUGGCAACGACCGGGGACACCGUGUGUACGCGCGACGCAUACACGCACAACCUCUUUGAUCCGACGCACGAUUCGAUGACGGGGUACCGCACCAAGAGCGUGCUGUGCAUGCCCGUUUUUGAGGAAAAUGCCCCGACCAACCCAAAAGUGGUUGCGGUGGCCAUGUGCAUCAACAAGCUCCAGGGAUCCCACGUGAUUGCGUUUACAAGCGAGGACCGCAAUACGAUGGGGCGCUUCUGCAAAGAAAUUCAGUACGCGCUCGGCAAGCUGUCGCUGGAAGUGUGCUACUACAAGGUUGUCAGCGACAAGCACUCGAGUGGAAGCGACGAGGUGACCGAAGCCGGCAUCAUUUCGAGUCUGCUUCAGAAAUACAGCCGUCGCACGUCGGGUGCCAAUACGACCAAGUACGACGCCGGCGCCACCGAGUCGCAGCAGUCGGAUGCGUUCGGACGUGAUGUCCACGUGCCGUCGCGACCGGAGCUCGACGCGUGGGACCUCGACAUUCUCUCGUUCAGCUUCAGCGAGGUCUUGGUCUCGGCCCAAGCGCUCCUCCGUGCGUAUGGAUUUGUGGACCAGUAUGGCAUUGAGCCCGAGAAGCUCCAAGCCUUUGUCGCAAGCGUCGCGCAGCACUAUCGCGCAAAUCCAUACCACAACUUUUACCAUGGCUUCCAGGUCAUGCACGCAGCGCACAUGCAAAUUAAGCUCUUUGCCCGCAAGCUCUUGCCGAGCCUCGAUAUCUUCUCGGUGCUCCUUGCCGCGCUUUGUCACGACGUGGACCACCCGGGCAACAACAACGACUUUGAAGUCAAGUGUGUGAGCUCCAUUGCGCUCACGCACAACGACGACGCGGUGCUCGAGCGCCACCACUGCCGCGUCACAUUUAUCAUCUUGAGCACGCCGUCCACCAACAUUUUGGACAAGUUGUCCUCGGACGCGUUCCGCCAAGUGCGCCGCAACAUCAUUCGCUGCAUCAUGGCGACCGAUAUGACGAAUCACUUUGCCCAAGUCAAGGUUAUGGAGAACAUGCCACGUAGCCAGUGGACCGACCACUCGAACCGAACGUUUUUAAUGGAGUCGAUUGUACACAGCUGCGACCUCAGUGCCCAAGCCCUUCCGUUCAAGCUCGCCAUCAAGUGGGGCGAGCGCGCUUUGGAUGAGUUUCAAAACCAGGCGAAAGAAGAGGCCAGCUUGCAGCUCCCGAUCGCUCCAUUUAUGGAAAACCUCGAGGCCAAGGCAACGCGCUACAACGUUCAAGUCAACUUUGUUGGCUACGUGCUGCAGCCCAUGUGGCAAGCGCUUGCGUCGCUCGCGCCUUCUCUGCAGCUCUAUGCAGAUAGGCUGACAGCGAAUCUAGAGCAGUACCGCGCCGAGCUUGCCGAGCUCACACACCAGUCAGCCAACUCUUAACGUCCAUUUUAAAGAGACUAUCAACGCUGCGUAUGGUCGCUACAGACAGAGUAGCGUCGUCUAGUAAUAGCAAAACAACUAGUCUGCUGAA